AUGAAUAGAGGUUAUUCGCAGCUGAGUGUUUCUCUGAUGAAGCAUACGAUUGUGUUCGAAUGGAAAAUUGACAACAUCAAGACAUUUAUCGAAAUGUUUAAAAAUUCAAACGAGUGCAUUCAAAUAUAUUCACCAGAGUUUUCAGCGGGUGCUAAGAUGAAUGAUCUAUGGCAACUCAAGUUGGUACUAAAUGAUCAAUCAGAUGAUGAUUAUUGCAUAUCAUUGUAUCUGAUUCCCUUGAACCGAUGCAAUGAUCAGCAUAAAAUAAAAACCGCAUUUUCAUUUUUUAUCAUCAAUGACAAGGGAAUUAAAAUUGAGAUCGUAAAAUUCAACAGAGUUUUUGAUAAAUAUGAAGGCUGGGGUCUGCCGAUUUGUAAAAAAGAAGAUUUGAUUAAAGAUGAAAGCACUUUCAAUUGGGAUCCAUUUACUGUAGGUAUCGAGCUGACGGUAUAUGAUUCUGACAUCAUGCCUUUUACUGUUGAAUCAUUGAAAAAAUUGAAACAUUCAAUGGUUUAUGAUUACAAUCAACUGUUCCUAAGUAAGCAAGACAGUGAUGUCGUACUCGUGGUUCGGGAUGAAGAGUUUCAAGCCCACAAGUCAAUUUUGAAAGUUCGCAGUCCAGUUUUCCACGCCAUGUUUACCGCCAACAUAAAACCAAACAAAAAAGACCGAGUAAAAGUACCUGACAUGAAUCCGGUCAUUUUUAACAGCAUCCUUGAAUUUAUCUACACAGAUAAAGUACCUGACGUAAUUACAGAAGAAUUACUUGACGCUGCGGAUAAAUUCCAGCUCGAAUUACUCAAGAAAAUUUGCGAAGAAUUCUUUUGCGAUUCUGUAUCUACGGAAAAUGUUGUCUCCAUGCUUAUUUUAGCAGAUAAAUAUAAUGCGAAGCAACUGUUGGAAUACUCGACAGAGUUUAUUGUCAGUAAUGCGAAGAGUGUCAUCGAUACGCCAGAGUAUAAUGUCAUGAAGAAAUCACAUCCAUCUUUGAUAGUAUUGCUGUUUGAAAAGUUUGCAGAUUCUAAAUAA